AUGCCUAGCGCCACGGGUCAGAACUGGGAGAAGUACCAGAAGACCUAUGCCGACGACGAGGAGCAAGAAAAGAAGAUCACACCUCUCACAGACGAUGACAUCGCAGUACUCAAGACCUAUGGCGCCGCGCCAUACGCGAACGCACUGAAGAAGCUUGAGAAGGACAUCAAGGAUAAACAGAACAGCGUCAACGAGAAGAUUGGUGUCAAGGAAUCCGACACCGGUCUUGCACCUCCACACCUUUGGGAUGUCGCCGCCGAUCGACAACGCAUGGCGGAAGAACAGCCGCUGCAAGUUGCAAGGUGCACAAAGAUCAUCCAGGAUGAGAAGGACUCGGACAAGAGCAAAUAUGUCAUCAACGUCAAGCAGAUUGCCAAGUUCGUUGUCAACCUCGGAGAGCGGGUCAGUCCCACGGAUAUUGAAGAAGGCAUGAGAGUCGGUGUCGACCGCAAUAAGUACCAAAUUAUGCUGCCCUUGCCGCCCAAGAUCGACCCCAGCGUGACGAUGAUGACAGUCGAGGAUAAGCCCGACGUUACAUACGGUGAUGUUGGUGGUUGCAAAGAACAGAUUGAAAAGCUACGAGAAGUUGUCGAGAUGCCCUUGCUAUCGCCAGAACGUUUUGUGAACCUCGGUAUCGACCCGCCCAAGGGAAAGACCCUUUGCGCUCGUGCAGUCGCAAACCGAACAGACGCCACUUUCAUCCGUGUUAUUGGUAGUGAAUUGGUGCAGAAGUACGUCGGUGAGGGUGCUCGAAUGGUCCGUGAGCUCUUCGAGAUGGCCCGCACCAAGAAGGCGUGUAUCAUUUUCUUCGACGAAAUCGAUGCCGUCGGUGGUGCCCGUUUCGAUGAUGGUGCCGGUGGUGACAACGAAGUUCAGCGAACCAUGUUGGAACUCAUCACCCAACUGGAUGGUUUCGAUUCCCGUGGUAACAUCAAGGUCAUGUUCGCUACUAACCGACCUUCCACACUUGACCCUGCUCUCAUGCGUCCCGGUCGUAUCGACCGUAAGAUCGAGUUCUCCCUACCGGACGUCGAGGGCCGUGCCAACAUUCUCCGAAUCCACGCCAAGAGCAUGUCCGUCGAGCGUGAUAUCCGUUGGGAGUUGAUCUCACGACUGUGUCCCAAUGCCACCGGUGCCGAGCUUCGUAGUGUUGCCACUGAGGCGGGUAUGUUCGCUAUCCGUGCUCGCCGCAAGGUGGCUACCGAGAAGGACUUCCUCGCAUCCGUGGAGAAGGUCAUCAAGGGUAACCUCAAGUUCAACUCGACGGCGACAUACAUGCAAUACAACUAG